AGUGACAAUGCUGAUUCAGGACCUCUCUCUCUCUAAAACCCUAAACCCUCCCUUCUCUCUCCUCCACCGCCCAUCUCUCUCCCCAUUCUCAAACCCUCUCCACAAAAACCAAACUUUCAAACCAACAAAACCCACGACAAAACCCCACUUCACAAUCACUUCCCUCUCCAAAAACCCCCCAUCAUUUCCUCGCCAAAUCCGCCGCGACGUCCGCUCCUUCGCCGGCAAGACCAAAAAGAACUCCGGCGGCUCCGGCGGCCGCAUCGAGGGCAAAGCCGAAUUCCUCCGAGAAAUCAAACGCAAUGCCCGGCGCAGGAGCAAGAAAUACGCCGAGUCCCUCUUCUACCGCCUCAAGAACCCCCACCGGAACCACCCGGACAAUUUCACCGAAGACGAGCUCCAGGAGAUUGGCCUCGGCUACGACCGGAUGGUCCGCUUCAUGGAGAAGGACGACCCCAACCUCCGCCACCCACACGACUGGUACAAGUACGGCGAAUUCGGGCCCUACUCGUGGCGCGGGAUCGUCGUGGGCGACCCCGUCCGCGGGCGGUUCUCGGACGAGCGCGUGGCGAUGAUCAGCGAGGUCCGCGACGCUGAGGAGUGGGAGAGGAUUGCGCAAUUCGAAAUGGGGCAGAAGUUUGGGAAGAGGUUGGAGCAGAUGGAUAGGACUAAGUUUAGGUACUUUUGGGUGUUUGUGAGACACCCGAGAUGGCGAAUUUCGGAGCUGCCAUGGGAGCAAUGGACAUUAGUUUGUGAGGUUGUGGUUGAGGCUGGGAAUCAGAGAUUGGAUAAGUGGAAUUUGAUGGGGAGGCUUGGGAACAUGACAAGGUCUUUGAUAACAAACUGUGCAGCUUGGAUGAGGCCUGACAUUAUAUACGUUAAGAAGCCGGUUUAUCAGUGUAGGUUUGAGCCUCAGGCCAACUUUUUCGGGGCGCUGAUGCCGUUUCUAGACCCAAAAACCGAGCGGAAUUAUCUCUUCGAGUUGGAGAAUGAUGAUGGGGGUAUUGAAUUUGUUACAUAUUUUGGUGGGUUGUGUAAGAUUUUGAGGGUGAGUCCUAAAGCGUUUGUGGAUGAUGUGGUUAAGUGUUAUGAGAAGCUGAGUGAUGAGAGGAAGUCAAAGUGUCUGGGGUUUUUGCUUAAGAACCAUCCGGUGCAUUUGCUGCAUCCGUAUACAAAGGAGUGGAAGGCCAAGUUGGAGGAGUUGGAGUUGGGUUGCGAUGCACCAGAUGAGGAUGAUCGUCCGAGGGGCGAUUCGGGUGAGACCGAGAUUGUGGACUGGAUUGAGGAAGAGGAUGAUGAUGUAGUUAUGGAAGAUGGUAGGGAUGAAGAAGAGGAAUAUAGUGAUGAAGAAGAAGAGGAAGAAGAAGAAGAAGAGGAAGAAGAUGAGGGCCACUGGGAGGAGGAGUUCCAAAAGGCGGUGAAUAGCUCGGAAGAAAUGGAGAAGUUGGUGAAAAGGAGUGUGGAAGUGACUACUGAGCAUUAUAAAAAGCAAAUGAGGGAAAUGGAGAGGGAAAAUGAGAAGGGGAAAAUGGCGAAUUUCGACGAUGGAGAUGAAACUCAGCUGAGGGGGAAACGGCCUAAAGUGAGUCCCAAAGAGUGGAAAAUUGCGGGGAUCGGUCCAUGGAGGAGGAGGAUUAAGAAGAGUAAAAUCCCUCCUGAACUGUUUCUUAGAGCAGCAGUUAGGCCUUUCACUUACAGAAAUCUUAUCAAGGAAAUUGUUUUGACCAGGCAUGCAAUUUUGGAUGGUGAUAUUAGUGCUGAGGAUAAGAUAUUGUAAGAAAAGCAAGAGUGAUUAUGAUCAUUAUUCUGCAGUUCAUUCCAAACUCAAAUACUGAAUUUGCUUAAUGCCAGAUCACAAAUUGGGUAAUUUGAAAGCUUUGCAGAGAUCUUGAUGUGAAGAUUAAAUUCUGUUUGUAGUUGAGAAGCUUGCGAUCCUCUGAUGAUGAGAUGUAGCAUUAUCAGAAACUCUGCUUUAAGAAGAUCUUAGUAAAGAAAUUCAAUAUGCAAAAUGUUUAAUCUGAAACCUAAAAGUGUAGAGAUUGUUCUGAUGCAAUGUGGUAUCUUGGGAGAUUCUGAGCUUCUGUCUACUCAUGAACCUAUUAUUACCUAUGUAAGUUCAUUGGUCUAAUUAGACGUGCAAUGGACAGCUUUGUAGUGUUGAUCUCAUUGUUAGGGGCUUAGUUUUGAGAGCCCAUUUGUUAAUGUGGUUGUGAUUUCACAUCUUUCUCCCAAGUCUUUCAAUUUUACCCUUUUUUAAGUAUAUUGUAUCCACAAAUUUUUUAGUGCAGGAUGUCAAAAUUUUGUAUUAU